AGAGAAAGGGAGAGGGCGGAGGGAGGGAGGGAGAGAGAGAGAGAGGGAGGGAGAGAUCUCACCUGAGAAUCGGCGAGCUCCGCUGCCGGAGAAGAUGACGCCCGGCGUUGGUCGGGGGAUCUCCGACGACAGGAGCCUUGAGAGGCAGAUGGGUUGCAUGGCCGGAUUCCUCCAGCUCUUCGAUCGCCACCAGAUCCACGCCGGAAAGCGGCUAUACGCCUCCAGGCGCCUCCCCUCCUCUCCGGUCGCCGGAUCGACGUCACCAUCGGAGAGAUCCGAGGUUUCGUCGGUUUCAUUCGUUAAGGAGAUCCAGCGGUCCCCGUCUCUGGAGGCGUGCCCGUCCUUGCCGGAGAGUUGCGGUCCGGCGCAGUCCCCGGCAAGGCUUUCUCUCCCGUUCCCGCUCCCGGUGUCCGAUUUCAAGGACGGGCAGAGGUCCUCCUGGAAGCUUCGAGAAGCCCCGCGGCUCUCUCUCGACAGCCGUGCCGUCGUGGACGCUAGGGGCAAGCUCCGCCCGCGGGAGAUCCGGACAGCGGCCUCCGGGAAUCAAUCCGGUGUCUCGGAGGUGGCGGACGAGAGCGAGAGGCAGCGCCGGUCACCGAGCGUCGUCGCAAGGCUGAUGGGGCUCGAAGCGCUCCCGGAAUCUGGAGGCGACGGCGGCGGGGAAAGAGGGGAGCCGAAGAGGGCCGAGCUUCGGCGAUCCGCAUCCGAGUCUCGGAUCCCCAGAGACUACCGCUUUGUCGACGUGAGCUCCUUCCAGAAGCCUUAUCCGGGUGCCGCAAUCUCCGGCACGGAGUUCUUCGGGGCGGAUUUCGGCGAGUUCCGGCUCCGAUUCGCGAAGCCCGACACGCCAUCGAGAAUACCACUUCCACCCCUCCAGCGGAAGAGCUUCUUCGAUGCCCAGGACUUCUUCCCGGAGCCGCCGAAGCGGACGGGGUCGCUCUACGGCGAGAUCGAGCGGCGCCUUCGAAUGCGUGGCAUCGACGAGCCGGCAAAGGAUCUGGAGACUCUGAAGCAGAUCCUGGAGGCGCUCCAGCUCAAGGGCCUCCUCCGCUCCAAUCCAUCCGAGCCACCGAUCAACGGGCGCCGCAAUCUCAUCUACGACGACCACCACCACCACCCCAAGAUCUCCGCCACCAACUCGCCAGUCGUCGUCUGGAAGCCUACGGUGAAGCCUUCGCGGCGACCCGCCAGCGAGCGCCCUCCCAUUCCGUUCAGGUCCAACCCCGCCCGCGGAGUCUCCGCCGUGGAAGGAGCCGUUCCGCUGGCGAGGGCCAGGCGGGACCGUGCGGAGGUCGAGCGGAAACCGAUAGGUAUCAACGAUAGGAGAACUCGUACCCCGAGUUUGCCAGAACCAAGCUCGCCGGCGAGGCGGAGGGCCUUAAAUGCGGAGCCCCCGACGAGCCCCCAGCCCCAGCGGAUAAUCUCCGGCGUCCAAUCCCCCAAAGCCAGCCCGAAGAGGGUCGGGCCGGACCCCCUGGCCGUCCGAUCCCCGAGGAAUCGGAGAAUGCCAUAUGAGAUCUCCCCGAAGGGUAUGAUCUACUCACUGGCGGAGGACGAUACAUCCACCACCGUCUCUGAGAGCAGCAUCAGUUCCUCCGCUCAAUUAGAUUUCGAGAGAUCGAGAUCGGAGGAGUACAGGGCGGAGAAGAGUUUGUUGGAGAGGUGCGACAAGCUGUUGCACAGUAUUGCGGCGAUCACGGGGGCGGAGCAGGUUACUGGGGUGGAACAGCAGCCGAGCCCGGUGUCGGUUCUGGACUCGUCCUUCCUGUGCGACGAGAGCUCGCCGUCACCCGUCACGAAGCGCGCCAUCGACUUCAAAGAUCAACCGUUGGAGUGGGAGGUCCACGCAAGCACAGCAGGGCCGGCUAUCAGAUCGAAUGGCGCGGAUGGGCCCGACGCGGAGGACCACGACUACGUGUACGUCUCGCAGAUCGUCCGCGUGUCCGAUCGCCUUCGUGACCCGUCUGACGUGUACGCCGUCCUCGAGAAGCGCCACCAGGCGGCGUCCCCGGCGCUCUCGAAGGUCUCGCGGCUCCACCGCCGGCUCGUCUUCGACACCGUGGCCGAGAUCCUCGACCGCAAGCGCCACGCUUCCCCUUGGGAAGCCUUCACAAGCGCGAGGUCUCUCCCCGGCGCCGCCGCCUUGCUGGUGCGGGAGGUGUGGGUGGAGGUGCGGCGGAUACAGGAGCAGGUCCACCCGGCGGACGACUUCAACGACGUGACGUGCGGCGCGAUCCACAAGGACCUCGCUGGCGACCGCGGCUGGGGCCCCCGCCCCGCCCCCGAGAUGUCCGACGCCGUCCUCCACAUCGAACGGCAGAUCUUCAAGGAUCUCGUCGCCGAGACCAUCCGCGACCUCGCCGAGCUCUCCUCGCGGCCCCCUCCCCGCCCCCGUCGCAAGCUCGUCUUCUAAUCUUUUCCCUCUUUCUUUCUUUUUUUUACUACUAAAAAUAUAUUUCCAAAGCGUCAGUUGUUCUCUCCGUUAGAUCAUGGUGCAACGGUCCUGAUGUAACAUAUUAACAAUCUGCUGUGAUUUGAUGGUGGGUAAUAAGGUGGACCCACUUUGCA